AGGCACUACAGGCACCACAGGCACCACAGGCACCACAGGCACUAUAGGCACCACGGGCACCACAGGCACCACAGGCACCACAGACACCACAGACACUACGGGCGCUGCAGCGAGCCCGCCGGGAAACGACAGCGCGGUUGCCGCAAGUGGAAGCAGGCUCUCAGUGGGUUGGGAUCCAGGACUCGGCGUGCUGGAGAGCAGGGCUGGCGGCGCGGUGGUGCUCGGGCUUAAGAUGCUCUGGGGCGGUGGGAGAUUCACAGCCGCGCCGGUGAGGACUGGCGUCAGCUGCUGGCUGCUACUUUGGCUGGGGCCGGCCGGGACUGGUGAAAGGCUCAGAGAUGGCGCGUUAAUGAGCGGCAGUGCGACAGCGGUUGGGAGGGCACUUGCUGGUGGUAUCGCGAACGCUGGUGAUGUAAGAGCUGAUGGUACUGGCACUACUGGUAGUACUGGUAGUGCUGGUACUGCUGAUAUUGCCGGGAGGCCAACCGGUAGGGCGCUCAAGGAAUUGAACAAGUCUGAUGCUGAUACCCUUGCUGUUGAAGGGGCUGGAUUGUUGAUUGUUGGCGCGAGGAGAGUGCUUGUCAACGGUAUCGGUACAAGAGCUGAUGGUGCGGACCCGACUGGCAGUGCUGGAAGACCAAAAGCUAGGGCGUUGAAGAAACCAAUUGAGUUUGAUGCUGAUACAUCCACAGCUGAAGGGGCUAGUGUGUUCACGACAAGCGUGGCAAGAGUGCUUGCCAAUGGUAUCGAUACCUUGGCCACUGAUGGUGGAAGAGCUGGUGGUGCUGACACUACUGGCAGCGGUGACACCACUGGCACCACUGACACCGUUGGCAAUGCUUGUAGUGCUGGGAGACCAAAUCCUUGCGCAUUGAAGGAACCAAUUGAGUCUAAUGCUGAUACUUCCACCGCUGAAGGAGCCGGUGUAUUGAUCGAUGGUGCGGAGAUAGUACUUGUCAGUGGUACUGAUACCCUGGUUGCUGAUGAUGCAAGAGCGGGUGAUGAUACCACUGGCAGUGCCGGCAGUGCUGGUAGACUGAUUACCGGCACGGGGAGAGUGCUUGUUACUGGUGCUGGCACCACUGACACCACGGGAAGUACCGGUAGUACUGGUUGACCCAACAUGAGGGCGUUGAAGGAACCAAGCGGGUCUGAUGACCCCAAGGCGACUGCUGAAGGAGCUGGUACAGUCGUUGCCGGCGCGGGGAGAGCAUUUGCCAAUGUUGUCUUAGCCGCUGAUGAUACAGAAGCUGGGGCUGCUGGCACCGCUGACACCACCGAUACUACCGGCACUGGCACCACUGGCACUGACACUACUGGAACUACCGGCAGUGCUGGUAGACCAAAACCUAGGGCGUUGAACGUCCCGAACGAGUCCGAUGACUCCGCUAGUGCAUUCGUUGACGAAGUAGUCGACCGUGUUGAACCC